CGUGGAGCACUUGAACACCGCGCGAGGAGGGGGCGGGGCCGUUGGCUUACCUGCGAAAAAUAAAACUGGGCCGAUCCCAGGUGGAGUCGACGCAUCCUCGCUGAUCCACGCCUGAGCAGCAGGAGCGCUUGACGGAGCGGACAGCCGGCUGAAGACGCGACGAAGAGGAGCGGAGAGGUGGUGUUCUUGUGGCCCCUCCUGAGCAGCUGCUUGUUUUGUGAAGGUGUCGAGAAGGAGGUGGUGGAGGAGGACUGCUGCAAACACGAACGCAGGAAGGCGACUCAUCACACCUGCAGUGCCUGUAGCUGAAAAUCAGCUACCAUGACGGAUGCAGACAAGUUCCUGUAUGGGGACCGCAGUGCGCUGACCGACCCUCUGGCUCAGGCCGACUGGGCCACCAAGAAGCUGGUGUGGGUCCCCAGUGAGAAGAUGGGUUUUGAGGCCGGCUCCAUCAAAGAGGAGAAGGGAGACGAGUGCGUGGUGGAGCUGACGGACUCUGGCAAGAAGGUGAAAUUCAACAAGGAUGACAUUCAGAAGAUGAACCCACCCAAAUUCAGCAAGGUGGAGGACAUGGCGGAGCUCACCUGCCUGAACGAGGCCUCUGUGCUGCACAACCUCAAGGAGAGAUACUACUCCGGACUCAUCUAUACGUACUCCGGCCUCUUCUGCGUUGUGAUCAACCCGUACAAACACCUGCCCAUCUACAGCGAGGAGAUCGUGAACAUGUACAAGGGCAAGAAGAGGCACGAGAUGCCCCCUCACAUCUACGCCAUCACAGACACGGCCUACAGGAGCAUGAUGCAGGAUCGUGAAGAUCAGUCCAUCCUCUGCACUGGGGAGUCAGGAGCAGGAAAAACAGAAAACACCAAGAAAGUCAUUCAGUAUCUUGCUCAUGUCGCCUCAUCCUUCAAGUCCAAAAAAGACCAGGGCUCUGCUGUGUUGUCACAUGGGGAACUGGAGAAGCAGCUGCUGCAAGCAAACCCGAUCCUGGAGGCCUUUGGCAACGCAAAGACUGUAAAGAAUGACAACUCCUCAAGAUUUGGAAAAUUCAUCAGGAUCAACUUUGAUGUCAAUGGUUACAUCGUUGGAGCCAACAUUGAAACUUAUCUUUUGGAGAAGUCUCGAGCUGUGAGACAAGCUAAAGACGAGAGGGGCUUCCACAUCUUCUACUACAUGCUGACGGGAGCCGGGGAGAAGCUGCGCUCGGAGUUGUGUUUGGAGGAUUACAGCAAGUACCGUUUCCUGUCCAACGGACAUGUGACCAUUCCCGGACAGCAGGACAAAGACCUGUACGCCGAAACCAUGGAGGCCUUUAACAUCAUGAGCAUCCCAGAUGAAGAAAUAACUGGCCUGUUGAAGCUGGUGUCUGCCGUGCUGCAGUUGGGGAACAUGACUUUCAAAAAGGAGCGCAACUCUGACCAGGCCUCCUUGCCCGAUGACACCGCUGCUCAGAAAGUGUGCCACCUACUUGGCAUCAAUGUGACCGACUUCACACGAGCCAUCUUGUCUCCAAGAAUCAAGGUUGGUAGGGACUAUGUGCAGAAGGCCCAGACUCAGGAGCAGGCCGAGUUUGCAGUCGAGGCUCUGGCCAAAGCCUCCUACGAGAGGAUGUUCCGCUGGCUGGUCAUGAGAAUCAAUAAGGCCUUGGAUAAGACCAAGAGGCAGGGAGCCUCUUUCAUUGGUAUCUUGGAUAUCGCUGGAUUUGAGAUCUUUGAGCUGAACUCGUUUGAGCAGCUCUGCAUCAACUACACCAACGAGAAGCUGCAGCAGCUCUUCAACCACACCAUGUUCAUCCUGGAGCAGGAGGAGUACCAGAGGGAGGGCAUCGAGUGGAGCUUCAUCGACUUCGGCCUCGACCUGCAGCCCUGCAUCGACCUCAUUGAAAAACCUGCCAGUCCUCCUGGUAUCCUGGCCCUGCUGGAUGAAGAGUGCUGGUUCCCCAAAGCCACUGACAAGUCGUUUGUGGAGAAGGUGUCUCAGGAGCAGGGCUCACACCCCAAGUUCCAGAAACCCAAAAAACUCAAGGAUGAUGCAGAUUUCUGCAUCAUUCACUAUGCUGGAAAGGUGGACUACAAGGCAAACGCAUGGCUGAUGAAGAACAUGGAUCCUCUGAAUGAGUGUGUGGCCACUUUGCUCAAUCAGUCUACAGACAAGUUUACCUCUGACUUGUGGAGAGAUGUGGAUCGUAUCGUCGGCCUGGAUAAGGUGGCAGGAAUGUCGGACUCUGCGCAGGGUGCGUUCAAAACUCGAAAGGGUAUGUUCCGCACCGUGGGUCAGCUUUACAAGGAGCAGCUGACUAACCUCAUGACCACCCUUAGAAACACCAACCCCAAUUUUGUCCGCUGCAUCAUCCCGAACCACGAGAAGAAGGCUGGGAAACUGGAAGCUCACCUGGUUCUGGACCAGCUCAGGUGUAACGGAGUCUUGGAGGGGAUUCGGAUCUGCAGACAGGGCUUCCCCAACCGCAUCGUCUUCCAGGAGUUCAGACAGAGGUAUGAAAUCCUCACUCCUACCGCUAUUCCAAAGGGAUUUAUGGACGGCAAGCAAGCCUGUGUGCUCAUGAUCAAAGCCCUGGAGCUCGACUCAAACCUGUUCCGCAUCGGUCAGAGCAAAGUGUUCUUCAGGGCUGGAGUCCUGGCCCACCUGGAGGAGGAGAGGGACAUAAAGAUCACUGAUGUGAUCAUCAGCUUCCAGGCCUGGUGCAGAGGAUAUGUGGCCCGCAAAGCGUUCACCAAGAGGCAGCAGCAGCUGACAGCCAUGAGGGUUAUCCAGCGAAACUGUGCUGCCUAUCUCAAACUCAGGAACUGGCAGUGGUGGAGACUUUUCACCAAGGUGAAGCCUCUGCUGCAGGUGAGUCGGCAGGAGGAGGAGAUGCUGGCCAAGGAAGAGGAGCUGAUUAAGGUGAAGGAGAAACAAGAGAAGGCUGAGGAGCUGAUCAAAGAAUAUGAGGCCAAGCAGCAACAGCUGAAUGCAGAGAAAUCGGCUCUUCAGGAGCAGCUUCAGGCUGAGACGGACCUCUGUGCCGAGGCUGAGGAGGUGCGAUCCCGUCUGACCAUCAAGAAGCAGGAGCUAGAAGAAAUCCUCCACGACAUGGAGUCUCGCCUGGAGGAAGAGGAGGAGAGGGUCGUUCAGAUGCAAAUUGAGAGAAAAAAGAUGCAGCAGAACAUCACGGAACUUGAACAGCAGCUGGAUGAGGAGGAAGCAGCCAGGCAGAAGCUCCAGAUGGAGAAAGUGACUACAGAUGCCAAGCUGAAGAAACUCGAGGAGGGCAUGAUGGUGCUGGAUGACCAGAACAACAAGCUUAACAAGGAGAAAAAACUGCUGGAGGAGAGGGUUUCCGAGUUCACCACCAACCUUGCUGAGGAGGAAGAGAAGUCCAAAAGCUUGCAGAAACUCAAGAAUAAACAUGAAGCCAUGAUCACAGAUUUGGAGGAACGUCUGAGAAAAGAGGAGAAGGUGCGCCAGGAGUUGGAGAAGAACCGACGUAAACUUGAGGGAGACUCGACUGAGCUCCAUGACCAGAUUGCAGACCUGCAGGCCCAGAUUGCUGAACUCAGAGCUCAGCUGGCCAAAAAAGAGGAGGAACUCCUGGCUGCACUUGCUAGGAUUGAGGAAGAAUCUGCAGCCAAGAACACGGCCCAGAAGAAGAUAAGAGAGCUUGAGGCCCAGAUCUCAGAGCUCCAGGAGGACCUGGAGAUGGAGAGGCAGGCACGGUCCAAGUCUGAGAAACAACGGCGAGACCUCGGAGAGGAGCUGGAGGCACUCAAGACUGAGCUGGAGGACACUUUGGAUACCACUGCAGCACAGCAGGAGCUGAGGAGCAAGCGUGAAAGUGAGGUUGCCCAGCUGAAGAAGACACUCGAGGAUGAGGCCAAGGCUCAUGAGCAGCAGAUGGCCGAUAUGAGGCAAAAACACAGUCAGGCAUUCGAUGAGCUCAACGAACAGCUGGAGCAGGCCAAAAAGAACAAAGCAUCAGUGGAGAAAACAAAGCAUGCCCUGGAGAGCGAGUUGAAUGAGCUGCAGAUCGAGCUGAAGACUCUGACUCAAGGUAAGGGGGACUCGGAAAACCGUCGCAAGAAGGCCGAAACCCAGGUUCAAGAACUGCAGGUCAAACAUGGAGAAAGUGAGCGCCAGCGGAAGGAGCUCGCCGACAAGAUAACCAAGAUGCAGUCAGAGUUGGACAAUGCAAACAGCCUUUUGAGUGCAGCAGAGGGCAAGAACAUCAAAUCCAGCAAGGACCUUUCUUCAGUGGAGUCUCAGCUGCAGGAUGCACAGGAGCUGCUUCAAGAGGAGACUCGUCAGAAGCUCUCCCUCUCCACACGCCUGAGGCAGCUGGAGGAGGAGCAGAACAGCCUGCGGGAGCUGCUGGAGGAGGGGGAGGAAAACAAGAAGAACGUGGAGAAGCAGGUUUCCACUCUGCAGACCCAGUUGGCGGACAUGAAGAAGAAGCUGGAACACGAGGCCUCGUCGUUCGAGGGGGCCGAGGAGAACCGCAAGAAAAUCCAGCGGGAGUUGGAGAGCAUGACACUGCAGCUGGAGGAAAAGACGGCAGCAUAUGACAAACUGGACAAGACAAAAACCCGUUUACAGCAGGAGCUGGAUGACCUCAUGGUGGACCAGGACCAUCUGAGGCAGAUCGUGUCCAACCUGGAGAAAAAGCAGAAGAAGUUUGAUCAGAUGCUGGCAGAGGAAAAAAGUAUUUCUACUCGGUACGCUGAGGAACGCGACAAGGCUGAGGCUGAAGCCAGAGAGAAGGAGACACGAGCACUGAAUCUGGCUCGUGAGCUGGAGACCAUGACGACCCUGAAGGACGAGUUGGACCGAACCAACAAACAGUUCAAAGCUGAGAUGGAAGACUUGGUCUCGUCCAAAGACGACGUCGGCAAGAAUGUUCAUGACCUGGAGAAAUCCAAGCGUGCCAUGGAGCAGCAGCUGGAGGAGAUGAAAAUCCAGCUGGAGGAGCUCGAGGAUGAGCUGCAGCUCACAGAAGAUGCCAAGCUACGUCUGGAGGUCAACCUGCAGGCCAUGAAGACCCAGUUUGAGCGAGACCUGCAGGCCAGAGACGAGCAGGGAGAAGAGAGGAGGAAGCAGCUUGUUAAACAGGUGCGAGAGAUGGAGGUUGAGCUGGAGGAUGAGCGCAGGCAGCGCGCUCUAGCCCUCUCAUCUAAGAAGAAACUGGAGACGGACCUGGCCGACCUCGAAGCCCAGAUCGAUGCUGCCAACAAGGGACGCGAUGACGCCCUCAAACAGCUGAAAAAACUCCAGGCCCAAAUGAAAGAUAUAAUGAGAGAGCUGGAUGAGCUUCGUUUGUCCAGAGAUGAAGCUGUCAAUGAAGCCAAAGAGAGUGAGAAGAAGCUCAAGACCUUGGAGGCGUCUAUGCUGCACUCCCAGGAGGUAUGGAGAUGAAAUGGCGAUUACAGAGU